AUGAAUCUCUCUAUCCGUUCUGAUUCUGACAUUGUUCCCAUUGAUCCAAGUGAAGUCCCAUUUGCUGUUAUGGCAAUUAACACGGACCAGUAUUUUCAAGUUGCUGUUGUAGCUACCUUAGCUUAUGAUGCAGUAAUUUACUUUUCUACCAUGGGCAACAAGAAUCGGUAUACUGGUCUACUAGGUCCUGUAGCCUUAGUACUUUAUUUAAUUGUUGUUAUAUCUGUUGACUACGUUCUUAUGAUCCGUGUUAUUGCUCUUUAUGCUCAAGAUACAACACUGUCAACUGUGUUGAAGGUGCUGCUAUGUGUGGAGGCAGUUUUGAAACUUGUAGCAACCAUCUAUAUUGGCAAGUCUGAUGAAAUUGGCGUUGCAAAUCUUGCCAAUGCCUUAGUUUGCUAUGAAGGCGGGGUGCCCGGAAUAAAAUGGGCCUUUCUAGACUGGGUCGUCCCAAUGGUGUUUGAGCUUAUACUCAUGGUUCUAGCAGUCUACAAAGCAGCACAGUAUUGGAAAGACGCUGCAGGACUUGAGGGAGUGCCACUCGUGAAAAUUCUUAUUCGGGAUCAAGUAAUUUAUUUUGCUUUGUGA